GACCCUUUGAUCUUGCAGAAUCUUGUCCGGCUUCCACAAGCUUCAACGUUCAACCAACGCUAGAAGAUAUUCUACUCUUCUAGUCGAACUUGAGAACAAAAAUGAAUACUCUACGAUCGCUGGAGACUGUAGAUCCGUCUGUAAAGCCCGAGGAACUAUUCAAGUUUAUCUGCAAACGACAACCGGUAGUCAUUAAGGGUCUUCCAGACGAUGAGAACUUCAAAGCCAGAAGAUGGACAGAUCUCGACUACCUUAGCUCCAGGGCGGGUGAUAUAGAGGUUCUCGUAGAACCUAUACAUCCAACGUCCAAGCAAUAUGGAACGGAUGUAGAACGAAUUCCCAUGCCAUUCAGAGAGUUCAUCACAUCACUCAGAAGCUCAGAUGAGCCUCAUCUCUACCUGACGACACAGUAUUCUGAGCAGGAUGAAGACCAACAUACCGUCUUACCCCCGCCUGCGUGUGCAUUGGCGGAUGACUUCCCUACAGUGCCUCGGAUCAUGGGGAAUCUUUGCCUGCAGCAAGUGAACCUCUGGGUGGGGAAGUCUCAAGAAGGUUCUACAUCCGGUCUGCAUCACGACUUCCACGAUAACCUCUAUUGCCUUCUUCAAGGCCGAAAGCGUUUUGUUCUCUAUCCACCUCAAGAGGUUGAGAACCUAUAUCCAUAUGGCAAUCUUGACAAUUUAUACUCGAACGAUUUGAUCUCGUACAAGGACGCACCCGUGCGUUCUGAUGGACUGCCUGUCCGUGUUGCACUUCAGGCGCGCAUCAAAGCGAUUGAACAAAAGCUCGAAGCCAUGCGGAAGGGUAAAGGCAAGGACAAGACGGCAUCGAAGGACCGGAAAGCGUUAAUGGAGCUGUAUGACCAAGCAUUGGACGAGCUUGCGCAGAUGACAUUGGAUGGUGAAGGAGGGUUUGAUAUCAAUGACGAAGUGGACGACUUCGAUGCUCUUAUGGCGCGUAUGGACAGAGAUGACGGAGAUCCUGAUGAGGCAGGCCCGUCAGGUUUGAGCGGCGGUCAUGAUGAGGAUGACGAAGAAGACGACGACGAAGACGAAGCGGACGACGAGGAAGGCGAAGGGCUCGUCGCAGACAAUAUCGACGAGAAUGCGCAUAAAGAGCCCUCUUCCUUCUCACGGAUUCCGACAGCAUUAGUCCAUCAACAUCUCAACCUCCCUACUACAGCCGUCCCUCCAACUGAGACCUCCCUCUCCGACUUCCCAAACUUCACAAAGGCUUCGACACCGUACAUUGUCGAACUCAACGCCGGCGAGAUGCUUUAUCUUCCAGCGUCAUGGUGGCACGAAGUCACUUCAUCGUCUGGCAACGGUAAUGGCAUCCAUAUGGCGUUCAACUACUGGUUCUAUCCACCCACAGGUGAUAGCUUCAAGCAGCCAUACGAAGAUACGCUGAUAUGGGAGUACCUCCGGCAACAGAAUGUGGACAAAGCGAUAGAGGAGAGUUUAGAGAAUGGGAAGAAAAGAAAAAGUGUCGGGUCUGCUCUGCAGGAGAAGAAAAAAAUCAGGCAGUAACCAGUCACCAAUACAUCGGUCGUUUCAUCUGUUCUAGUCUUUGGGGCCUCCACUAAAAAUGUACCCACAUGUAGCAUCUCGAAUUUACCACACAGCUUGCAACGAUUGUCUCCC